CUAUAAUCUCUAUGGUUAUAUCAUAGGUGCUUUGUAUGCUAUAACCCACAGUGACACCAACUGGGAAAAUGGAAAAGGCGAUCGUCUUCCCUACCCAAGACAUAGGACUACCAUUGAAUUCUGUUCCUCCCUUGGACGCGGUUAUAAAUGUCUUCGAGCUCAGGCAUAGAUCUCUAUAUCGUUUCUAGUCUCCAACCAAACAGCUUCUGAUCAUAUCAAGACCUCUAAGACAGAUUCGCUUUACAAGUGCCAAAAAUGGAGCUUCUAUGUCUCCGAAACCCUCUUGUUCUUAUUGGAGCGCUUGCCCUCCUAUGUCUCUGCGCCAACGCCGCCCCUUUGGACCUUGAUACCAGAGAUACUGGAGACGACCUUGCCUGGUGUACGCCGUACUGCAUCCCUGGCCAGAAACAGGAAGAUGUCCAAGCUACCAGUUUAGCCACUAGAGAUUCUGGAGACGAUCUUGCCUGGUGUACACCAUACUGUAUCCCGGGGCAGAAGAAGGAGGAUGUGCAGACUAGCAGUUUGGCCACUAGAGAUACCGGAGACGAUCUCGCCUGGUGCACACCUUACUGCAUCCCGGGACAGAAGAAGGAGGAUGUCCAAGCUACCAGUUUGACCGCUAGAGAUUCUGGAGACGAUCUUGCCUGGUGUACACCAUACUGUAUCCCGGGGCAGAAAAAAGAGGAUGUGCAGACCAGCAGUUUGGCCACUAGAGAUACCGGAGAUGAUCUCGCGUGGUGCACGCCUUACUGCAUUCCGGGAGAGAAAAAGGAGGAUGUGCAUCAAUCGAGUGCUAGAGAUAGCGGUGAUGAUCUUGCUUGGUGCACUCCUUACUGCAUUCCGGGAGAGAAAAAGGAGGAUGUCAAGAAAAGGCAGCCUCAGGGCCUCGCUGCUAGAGAUACUGGAGAUGACCUGGCUUGGUGCACACCAUACUGCAUCCCGGAUCAGAAACGGGAAGCCUGAACCAAAGAAAAGAUAACCAUGGAAGCCAGGAAAAGUCUCAACGUGCGAGAGACUUUAACUCGCAUUCGAAAACACCGGAAGCUUCCAUGGUAUUCUAGGUAACCAGGAGAAGAGCAUCACUCACUUUCUGGAUGACUACAGUGAUAUGUUAUGACCGUUUAAGGAUUUUACACCUGCGGACUCCGGUCAUUGAGGUUCUUAACGUUGAACGCACAUUAAUCAAAAAGUCCUACAUUGCCGAUUACAUGCCGCGUUCAGGAGAGGCAUUGAGAAUACGUCCACUCGUUUAGCAGUCACCCUUAUCAGGUCUUAUAGUUUGGAUC